AACGACAUCAGAAUAUUCCACAUCUACGUAGCGAAUCGGGUCCAAGUAAUUCGAGAUGUAUCCAAACCCAGCCAAUGGAAGUAUAUUGACACAUCAACGAACCCUGCCGACCUAGCGACACAGGGUAUUACAGUUAAAGUACUACAAGAGUCUGACUGGUUAAGAGGACCCACCUUCUUGAAGUCGAACUCGCCUACCACCUCAACAAUCGAUGAAUCUGAUGGAGAUAUCGACGAGAGCAAUCCAGAAGUCAGACAAGAGGUAAAAGUCCAUGCCACCAGCACCCAGAGGGCCCUCGGAGUAGGAUCAGAACGAUUCGAUCGGUUUUCAGAAUGGUCUACUCUUCAGCGAGCCAUUGCAAAACUCGUCAUGAGAGCGAAAAGAUUCGAAAUAAAGUCGGAGCCACAAACGUCACAGCACGAUCACGAGACGACCGAAAGCGGAGACAACGACGGUCCUACCCUAGACGCAUCUAAACGAGCUGAAAUCUUGAUAAUUCGAACAGCCCAAGAAGAAGCCUUCGCGGACGAAAUCAGCGUACUGCAAAGGAGGAGUGGCAACAAACCAGAGAGUCGUCAGUCCUUGAGAGAAAGAAGAACGGUGUUACGGAAGUCCAGCCUAUUUCAUUUGGAUCCUUUCCUAGACAAAGACAGUGUUCUCAGAGUUGGAGGACGUAUACAUCGAUCAGAUUUGGGGUUUGAGGAGAAGCAUCCAAUAAUUCUGCCACAGAAACACCAUGUGUCAGAGUUGUUGAUCUGUCAUUAUCACCACAAGGUUUACCAUCAAGGCCGUCAGAUCACACACGGAGCCCUACGGCAACCUGGUUAUUGGGUCGGCGGCGGCCACAGAAUGGUGUCUAGAAUCCUGAAUUCCUGCGUGACAUGCAGAAAACUGAGAGAAAGAACACUCACCCAGCAUAUGAUCAACCUUCCAAAGAACCGAAUUGAACCAAGCCCACCCUUCACGAGCAUAGGAGUUGACGUAUUUGGCCCAUGGAUAAUCCGAACAAGGAAGUUAAGGGGUGGUGCUGCGGAAUACCUUCAAAACCUCCAAGUCAGAACGAAGUGGCGCAACCGAGAACAAAACCUUUCUGGAGGAGAUGUAGUCCUAGUAAAAGACAACGACGUAUCCCGUAACGAGUGGCCUAUGGGAAAGAUAGUAGAAGCAUUAACGAGCGAAGAUGGAAAAGUGAGGAAAGUCAAGAUCAUGGUGUGCAAAGAAGGGAAAUGGAAGAUAGUCUACCAUCCUAUCAGCGAAAUAGUGUUGUUGCUACCAACCGAGAAGGACAACGAUCUCAAUGACAAGGAUAGCAUAUCCUUGGGCGAGGAGUGUGAUGUUGACUCGGAGAAGUACGUGGCGUGA